AUGGCUGCUGCAAGUAUGGUAUCUCAAUCAGCUUUCAAUCGAUCAAAGCCUUCUCUUGCUGUCAAAACCAAGCAAGCCUCUCCUUUAAAUCUCCUCUCUACAACAUCAAGAGUGAGUUUUGGGGCAAAGAGCGAAAAAGGGCUAGUAGUAAGAUGUUCGAUGGCAGCUGCAGAAUUGAAUUCCAGGGCUGCUGUUUCUAGUGACAAGGGAAUCAAGAAUCCCAUAAUUGUCAUUGACAAUUAUGACAGUUUCACUUAUAAUCUGUGUCAGUAUAUGGGAGAGAUGGGCUGCCAUUUUGAGGUGUAUCGGAAUGAUGAAUUAACUGUGGAGGAUUUGAAAAGGAAAAGGCCGAGAGGCGUGCUCAUAUCCCCGGGCCCAGGAGCGCCCCAAGAUUCUGGAAUAUCACUGCAGACAGUUUUAGAGCUUGGACCUACUGUGCCUUUGUUUGGUGUGUGUAUGGGGUUGCAGUGCAUUGGAGAGGCUUUUGGAGGAAAGAUUGUGCGCUCACCUUAUGGUGUCGUGCAUGGGAAAGGUUCUCCUGUAUAUUAUGAUGAGAAGGGGGAAGAUGGCUUGUUCUCUGGGUUGUCAAAUCCUUUCACUGCUGGAAGAUACCAUAGCCUUGUGAUUGAAAAAGAAAGUUUCCCUGAUGAAGAACUAGAGGUUACAGCAUGGACUGAGGAUGGUCUGAUAAUGGCUGCUCGCCAUAGAAAGUAUAAGCAUCUGCAGGGGGUGCAGUUCCAUCCAGAAAGCAUCAUAACAUCUGAAGGCAAGACAAUUGUUCGCAAUUUCAUCAAAAUGAUAGAGAUAAAAGAGGCUGUAUCUGAGAACUAG